UGCUGCUUUACAGGUGUGGAAAUCAGAAAGAUCACAGACGCCCAUACUCCGUCCAGUCGCACAGUCAACAACACGCUGUACUACAUUCUGUCGACCUCCACAGCACCCCUCCUGGAUCAGAGUCUCACAGCAGAAGAGCACGAACGCCUGGAGUCCAGUCUGAACUACGCCGACCACUGCUUCAGCGGCCACGCCACCAUGCAUGCCGAGAACCUGUGGCCGGAGCGCCUGACCAACGUGGCUCAGAUCCUGCAGCUGGUGAAUCUCUGGAACCUGACCUUCCAGAAAAGAGGAUGCAAGGUCCUCGUGGCGGCAGGCACUCACGGUAUGAUGCAAGGCAUGGUCCUGAGUUUCGGCGGUCUGCAGUUCACCGAAAACCACCUUCAGUUCCAGGCCGACCCAGAUGUUCUUCACAACAGCUACUCUUUGAGGGGCAUCCAUUACAAUAAAGACCUUAUCAACCUGGCCGUGCUGCAGGACGCCGAGGGCAAGCCCUUCCUGCACGUGUCUGUCAAGCCUCAGGAGAAACCCGUGAAGCUGUACGCCUGCGAGGCCGGCUGCAUGAACGAGCCCGUGGAGCUGACCUCGGAGCUGCGAGGCCACACGUUUCCGGUGAUGGUGACCCAGCCCAUCACGCCUCUGCUGUACAUCUCCACUGAUCUCACUCACCUGCAAGACCUGAGACACACGAUCCACGUCAAGGCCAUCUUGGCUCACGAGGACCACAUGGCCAAGCAGUACCCAGGCCUGCCCUUCCUCUUCUGGUUCAGCGUGGCGUCCCUCAUCACGCUUUUCCACCUCUUCCUCUUCAAACUCAUCUACAAUGAGUACUGCGGGCCUGGAGCCAAGCCGCUCUUC